AUGGACAUGACACCACUCCUGCUCCUACUUUGUGCCAGUAAGUAUCCACUCAACCUACUGUACACUGUAACGGAAAACUCAAAUGUAUAUGGUAAUUUUAGGUAUUACCAACAGUAAAGAAAACAAUGAAAUGUUUUACUGCAGCAUACUGUAAAUUAUGGUGCAUUGUGGGAAAAGUGCUGUAUUUUAAGUGGUACACUGUUUUUAAGGUAACUUCCUGGCAGCCAAUUACCUGUAUGUUACUGUAAAAAUGUGUACAUAAUGUUUCCGUAAAUUCCAAAGAAACUUUGGUUUAACAGUACAUUACUGAAAAGUUUACUGUAAAGUGCAGCCAACCUGCUUGCACCAAUCACUUGUAAUUACAGUAAAAUACUGUGAAAUACAAUCCCAUCCUCUCAAUUAAUUUCAUUCAUUCAUUCCGAUUACGGUAGUGUAGUUUGGUGAAAAUGUACCAUUAUGUAGAAAUUGUUAAUCUGACUUUAUUAUUAUGUGAAUAAAUGCAACAGGCCCUGUGCGUCUCUGGUCAAGGUCGCGAGCCUUGCAUUACCACACAGUAUGACUAUAAUGAACAUGUGUCUAUCCUGCAACGUUAUGCAAUUAUUAAGAGACUAGAUACAAAUAGCUAAUCCUGGCGAACAAUGUUAUAGCAUAGAAAUAUUGAGGCAAGUAGAUCAGGGAUGUCAAGAAGGAACCCUCCACUAACCCUCCACUAAUAUUAGCAACCUUGGUCAACGAUUGUUAACAUCUCCAGUUGCUUUCAACUUCUUAAUUAUUGCCCUGAUAGUGGAAAUGGGCAUUUUCAACCGUUUAGCUAUUUUCUUAUAGCCAUUUUCUGAUUUGUGCAGCUCAACAACCUUUUGUCGCACAUCAUUACUGUAUUCUCGGGUCUUUCCCAUAGUGAUGGAUGACUAUGGGAACUUGGCCUGUGUGUCACCUCCUAUUUAUACCCCAGUGAAACAGGAAGUCAUGGUUUACCACUUAAGUGUUCCUAAUCACUCAGGUGAACUUAAAAACGUAAAAUAUGAAUAGGAAUAUACUUCAGUUAGAUUUUACUCAUAAGAAUUUCUAGGGGUGCCAAUAAUUGUGGCACACAUGUUUCGGAUAAAAAUAUUUAUUUCAUUUAUUUCAUAUUUCAAUCAUUUUACUUCAAUUAAAGGAUCGAUUUUUAUGAAUAUUUUGAAUGAAAGACCAAGAGGAUAAACAGCAAAUAAAAAAAAUUCACAGACCGUUUUGAUCUUAUUUACCAAGGGUUCCAAUAUUAGUGGAGGGCACUGUAUGCUUUGUGUAUAGUGUAAAUAACAACAACCAAUAGACCUACUAUGUUAUGAACGUCUAGUCAAUCAAAGAAUUACUCAGUAAAAUGUGGAAUGCAUUUACUCUAUUCAACUAGUCAAAUGUAUUAGACACAAAAUAAUUGACACUCAAACAAUUACAGUGUACAUGAAAUAUAUGAUACAUUACAGAAGACAGAGCAAAUUACUAUAAACUAAAUAAGACUUAACGUGGUUACAUGUGUCUUCAGUUCAGAAUAAUCUCUAAGAGAAAAACUAUGUGUCUGAUACACACAGGAACUUGCUAACAAGUUCUCAAAAUAUUAGCGAACUCACUGCCCUUUUAACCAAAUUCAAGCAGCAACUCACCCCCAACCUAAAUUAAAAUGUCUUUGCACUUUGCUAGUAAAAACAAUAGACAGGAACAACACACCCAGAUUCUAAUCAACACAAUUUAAAUGAUAAGAUCGUACCCUGUAGUCGCUCCCUAUUUGAACUGACCGCCGUCCGAUGAACAGAAUAACACAGUUUCUCUGUAACAAUAAAUCCAUAGCACUUACAGUACAAUAAAACAUAUCAAAAUUCAUAGCUUUUUAUGAACUCUUGAAACAAUCCAAAAAUGGCAGUUUAAUUAACUGUAACAUUAAUUUUAUAGAUUCAAGUUUUCAUCAGUCUUCAAACCUCUCCUGGUGUCAGUGACCCCAGGACUUUUGUGGGAAUGUCUCUUCCUAGAGAUUGCCACAACAAAGAUGUGAGUCUCUCCUGUGAGAUGCAAAUAUACAGCCAUCCAUGCAAACAAUGUCAUGAAUCCUCAAGCUGGGCCUCGUAGCCAGCAAAUUGCCAGUCGCGAGUGUCACAUUCUCAAAUUUUUCCACUACAGUAGCAUUUACUUAUUUACAGUCUAUUUUAAGGUAUUGUACUGUGUGUCAUUACACAGUACUUGCUUUGAUACCUUAUUUAUAUUACAGUAGGUGUACUGUAAUAUUAUACUGAACAAAAAUAUAAAUGCAACAUGCAACAAUUUCAAAUAUUUUACUGAGUUACAGUUCAUAUAAGGAAAUCAAUUUAAAUACAUUCACUAUGCCCUAUUCUAUGGAUUUUACAUGACUGGGCAGGGGUGCAGCCAUGGGUGGGCCUUGGAGGGCACAGGCCCACCCACUUGGCAGCCAGGCCCACCCACUGUGGAGCCAGGCCCAGCCAAUCAGAAUGAGUUUUUCCCCACAAAAGGGUUUUAUUAAAGACAGAAAUACUCAUACUCCUACCACCACCCACCCCUCCUCAGAGGAUCCCGCAGGUGAAGAAGCCGGAUGUGGAGGUCUUGGGCUGGUGUGGUUACACAUGGUCUGUGGUUGUGAGCCCGGUGGGACAUACUUCCAAAUUCUCUAAAAUGAUGUUGGAGGCAGUUUAUGGUAGAGAAAUGAACGUUCAAUUCUCUGGCAACAGCUCUGGUGGACAUUUCUACAGUCAGCAUGCCAAUUACACACUCCUUGGCAUUGUGUUGUGUGACGAAACUGCACAUCUUAAAGUGGUCUUUUAUUGUCCCCAGCACAAGGUGCAUCUGUGAAAUUAUCAUGCUGUUUAAUCAGCUUCUUGAUAUGUCAUAACUAUCAGGUGUAUGGAUUAUCUUGGCAAAGGAGAAAUGCUCAUUUGUGCACAACAUUUUAGAGAAAUAAGCUUUCUUUGGGUAUGGAACAUUUCUGGGAUUUUUUAUUUCAGCUCAUGAAACAUGGGACCAACACACUACAUGUUUAUAUUAUUGUUCAGUGUAAUACAUAAUUGUACUUGCCACCGAGCUGCCUGUAAAUUACUGUGAAAUUCAUGGUAACCCCGUUAGCAACUCCUCUUGCACCUGAUUGUCUGCUGGUCUUCUCUUUUGGCUGAUACAUUGUUGUCACUUAUUGUUCACAGUGAACAUACCUGCUUUUUGAGAUAUAAACCAGACAAUGAAAGAACAAAUCUAGCUAACCCCAUCAACAACAACAUACUCUAUAGCUACAUGUAUAACAUCACAAACCAUGAAACAAACCUCGGUAACGCUUAAUUUUAAGGUGUCAUUAUUACAGUGUAAUUACAUGUGUAAUUACACUGUAACAAUAAUUGUAGUUAACUGAAACAACCAAUAGUUACACUGUAAUAACAACAUGUAACUUGUAGUUAGUGUUUCGGUCUGUAAUUACAAAGGUGUAACAAUGAAUGCUUGUUACCAUGCUUGUUACAAAUGGGCAGGUUUCCACUAAACUCACAACUGUAGAAUUUUGUUUCUUCUCAGCUGCAUCAGAUUCAGUAACAACUGUCACAAAGGUUGUGACCCCUCGUGGAUGCUCAAUAGGCUGUAAUUACUUACCCGUGAGUGUGCACUGUUGAAAAUAUAUCUCCACUCAACGUUAUUGCUAAAACCAGCCACCAAAAUAAAGUGUACCAUCUGGGUUAACACUCAGACAUAAUUUACAACUGAAGCAUGUGUUUAGUGAGUCCGCCAGAUCAGAGGAAGUAGGGAUGACUAGGGAUGUUCUCUUGAUAAGUGUGAGAAUUAGAACAUUUUCCUGUCCUGCUAAGCAUUCAAAAUGUACUUUUGGGUGUCAGGGAAAUGUAUGGAGUAAAAAGUACAUAAUUUUCAUUAGGAAUGUAGUGAAAGUUGUCAAAAAUAAAAAUGGUAAAGUAAAGUAGUAUUUUUACUUAAGUACUUAACACCACUGGUGCUCGGCCCUCCGUUUCCUGUAGUCCUCGAUCAGCUCCUUGGUCUUGCUGACGUUGAGGGAGAGGUUGUUGCUCCGGCACCACACUGCCAGGUCACUGACCUCCUCCUUGUAGGCUGACUCAUCGUCGCCGGUGAUCAGGCCUACUACCGUCGUGUCGUCAGCUAACUUGAUAAUGGUGUUGGAGUAAUGCGUGGCCACACAGUCGUGGGUGAACAGGGAGUACAGGAGGGGACUAAGCACACAGCCCUAUGGGGCCCCUGUAUUAAGGGUCAGCGUGGUGGAGGUGAUGUUUCCUACCCUCACCACCUGGGGUUGGCCUGUCAGGAAGUUAAGAAUCCAGUUGAGAGGUACUUACUUGUAACUCAUGUAUACCUAUAUAGUACAUUACUCAUCCUGACAACCUGGCCCUAAUUUUAAAGCUUCUGGAAGUGCAAUUCAAGUGGGAGGAUAAACACACUAGUACACCACAGAGUACAUGUUAUAGCUACUAGCUACAAUGUAAUUACUAGGUGUUACACAGGAUUUAGCUAGUCAAAAUGAAGUGUAUCUUUAGGGGUACUUACUUGUAAUUAAUGUGUACUUAUACAGUACAUCACCCAUCCUGACAACCUGGCCCUCAUUUUAAAGCUUCUGAAAGUUUCACUUUAUUUCUUUACCUUAUUGUGAAAUGACCCAGAUAGUACACUUUAUUUUGGGGGCAAGUGCUAGCAACAACACUGAGUGGAGAUAUAAUUUGAACAGUGCAUAUUCAAGGGUAAGUCAUUAGAGCCUAUUGAGCAUAGGCUAUAAUCUCUCAGACACCCAGUGCAUCCACGAUGGAUCACAACCUUUGUGACAGUUGAUACUGUAUGCAGCUGAGAAGAAGCAAAACACUAAGUUGGUUAAUUUACUGAAAACCUGCCCAUUUGUAACAAGCAUGGUAACAAGCAUUCAUUGUUACACAUCUGUAAUUACAUACCGCAAUUACUACCAGUUACAUGUUGUUAUUACACUUUAACUAUGAGUUGUUACAGUUAACUACAAUACUUGUUACUGUAAUUACACAUGUAAUAAGGACCCCUUAAAAUUAAGUGUUACCCAAACCACUUAUAAUUUAUGCUUAUUUUGUUGGUCAUGUGCAUGCUAACAUUGAACUUAAUGAAAUUGUUUCUGUCCUCAGGUGUUUGUUGCACAGCUGCACUCAGCCACCUCAGACAGUUCCAUCUCAUCGGGAAAAGGUUAUUCUGGACAAAGGCACAGGACUACUGCCGAACGCACUAUACUGAUCUUGUUACUGUGUACAAUCAGGAGGAAGCUGAGCAGCUGAUACAGUUAAUGACAUCUAACGGCAGCUAUACUGCCUGGAUAGGUCUCAAUCGCACAAAGCCCAGUCCAAAGUGGUCCAAUGGAGACCCUGUUGAUUUCACUCCAUUGUCACCACCUCCAAGCCCGUACACAGAGCCAAUGUGUGCAACAAUACUCAAAGAUAUUACAACAUUGCAGAAAUGCAUACAGCAGAAAUACUUCAUGUGUUACAAAAAAGGUAAUACAUUCUACAAAAAAAAUCUGAUUUCCUGUUUACUUGCUCCUCAACAAAAUAAUAAUAAUUAUUCAACAAUAUUUAGAUAUAAUUAUUUUAUAUCAAGCUAAGUUGAGUAGAGUAAAAUGUUUGUCCAUUCUGUGUGUGCAGGGCCUCGUGAUUCCUUCCUGAUUGAACAGAACAUGACCUGGUAUAAGGCUCAGAGGUACUGCAGAGAGAACUACACUGACCUGGUCAGCAUCAUGAACGAAGGACAGAAGGAAGAGGUGAAGAAAAGCGUGAAUGCCAGCACCACUCCUUUCUGGAUCGGCCUGCUGUAUGAUGACUGGGAGUGGUCUGAUGGAGGGAGAUCUUCCUACAGAAACUGGUUACUGGAACCAAGUGAUGACAAACCCCGUGUAAAAUUAGUUUCUCCUGGAGUUCUGGUAGCUCUUGGGAGUGACAACCUAGGAGAUUCAUUAUGCUAUGAGGGUGUGUGCAAGUCCAAAUAAUAAAUGUUUUUAUAAAAUACAUUUUUUAAACAAUUAUUUCAGCCAAUACUUCAUCAUAGUUCGGUAAAAGAUAGAGUUAGAGUAAGAUGGUUUAAUAUGCAUCUUUGACAUGUAUCAGUGCAAGGGUGAUAAAACUGUUAAAAUUUUUUAAAAAUAACCAUUUCAUUUUCCCUCAUGAAUUGAACUCCUUCAGACUCGGUGAAGAUCGUUGAGGAAAGCAAGACCUGGGAACAGGCUCUGGACCACUGCAUUAAGAACUACCGUGGACUGCUGCGUAUUGAAUCUGAAAAGGACCAGAGGGUUGUGGAGCAGAACCUGAGGCGUGCUGGUGUCAAUGUUUCUGUGUGGGUGGGUCUGAGACAGAGCCAACUCUUUGGAUUCUGGGUCUGGACCAAUGGGCUGCCAGUGGGGUGGAGUAACUGGGAGGGAGACAGACAGCCUGAACAGCCUCUGUCCAACCAUUGUGGUGCCAUGGCAACCGUGGUGGGAUACAAGUGGAGUGAUCAGGACUGUCUGUCCAUGUUCUUCUUUAUCUGUGAAAAGUGA